GGAUUUUGUAUGUAUGUAUGUAGAAGUAGUUAUAUACCGGCAGGAAAACGAGAGAAAGUGAUAAAGGAACGAACUGAAACACUGAUAUCAGCAAAACUCACUGGCAGGCAUAACCUAAAUAUGAUCCAUCCGAUUAUCCCAUCGUUCAGGAUGGGGUUGGCACCCAACCCAACCCCUUGGGAUUUUGGAACACCCGAAGUUGACACGAAAAUCGGCGUGUGAAACGCAGUAGAAUGCCGAUCUGAAGAUCGCGUGAACGAACGCCCAUCUGAUUCUCCGGAUUCCAAAAUGGUUCGCUCGGCUCCACGUCCCGCGCGUUAUGGCCGAUCCCUUGCUGUCUUGGGGGCUAUGUUUCAUCAUUGCUCCUGUCGAGUUGACGGUGUUGGUCUUAGGAGGACCCAUUUGAGUGGGCUACAAGCCUCCGCAAUGCGGAUACACCGUUCGCCAGGUACCCGAGCGAGGGAUGUUGUUUGUUCCGGUGAUGUAACGAUCGACGCACUAUUGCUUUCUGAGACCACCACGCGGCCGACUAUCGAUUGUCAGACUCUUUCGGCCCUGUGGAUGUCGUCAGGCUGGGGAGCCCCUGUGGAGAGGAGAAUGACGUUCAUGGUCUGCGACAAAUAUUAUUUGUUAGAUGAGGCUGUGUCUUGGUCGGACUGGGGCUACCUAGAUAGUAGUAGUAUUCUUAGCAUCUUCAGUGGUGGAUGCUCGCUUGUUGUUUGUUUUGUUCCUGACCCAUGGAACCAAAGUCGGAAGGCAGAGUUGGCAGGCAGAAUGGAGAAAUGGAUUGAAAGGGAGCCAUGUUGAAGCUGCAUUGUACUUUUAUCGCCUCGUUUGGUGCCGAUCACGAG